AUGGUGCUGCUGAGCCCCUCGAGUGGCGCACUGAAGAAACUGCUCAAUAUUUGUGAGUCCUAUGCGGUGGCCAACGGACUCAGAUACAAUGCUCAGAAGAGUGAGUUUAUGAUGUUCAAACCAGAUAAAAUUCGUUAUACUGAUGCUCCUGAGUUUGUACUUACUGGUGUAAAACUACAUAGGGUAGACAAGUUCAAGUAUCUGGGUCAUUGGGUCACCGCGGACCAAAAAGACAAUGCUGAUAUAGAGCGGGAGCGCAGGGCGCUGUCUGUCCGAUGCAACAUGCUGGCCCGUAGGUUUGCAAAAUGUACUGAGCAAGUAAAAAUUACACUAUUUAAAGCUUACUGCCAGUCAUUCUAUACAUGCAGCCUAUGGGUUAACUAUACGCAGAAGGCAUACAGCGACCUGCGAGUACAAUACAACAACGCGUACAGAGCGUUGUUGCGGCUGCCGCGCUACUGCAGUGCUUCUGCGAUGUUCGCGGAGUCGCGCACGGCGGGUUUCGCCGCCAUUAUGCGCGCGCGCUGCGCCUCCAUGAUGCGGCGCACACGCGACAGCCGCAACACGCUCCUGUGCGCUGUUAUUGAUCGCUGGGACUCGCCAGUGUUGAAGAGGUGGAUUGGGCUCCAUGCCCUUACAUAA